AUGAUUGUAAUCGAUCGAAGCGUCGGAACAUGUAUCAGCAAAACGGCUGCUCUUGUGAAGUGUCCGAGAGCAGCAAUUAUUAAUGUGUACAGAGAGUGCACUACUAAGCAGAAAACUGGGUCUCAACGUCCGACUUGUGGUCGUCACAGGCUACUGAAUGCCCGAGCUGAAAAGAGACUUGCCAGAGUCGUCCACUCCAACAGAAAAGCAACAGUAUGUCCAAUAUCAGGGAAUCUUAAUGAAGGAGCAACUGCGAACUUCUCUCAACGAACAGUGCGGCGCACAUUACAUCGUAUAGGCUAUCGAGGCCAACGACCUGUUUGA